GCGCGGGAGGCGGGCGGCGCCGCGGCCAUGGAGAGGGCGAGCCCGGCGGCGGGGAAGCUGAACGCCGGCGGCCGCGGGGCGGGCGAUGGGCACGGCCCCGCGGGGGGCAGCCAGCCCCGGGCGGCGGCAGCGGCGGCGGCGGCGGGAGGCGCGGAGCCGGGCGAGCUGAUCGGGCGGGCGCUGGAUUUCAAGAGCGAAGGGGCGCAGUGCUACAAGGACAAGAAAUUCCGCGAGGCCAUCGGCAAGUACCACCGCGCCCUGCUGGAGCUCAAGGCGCUGCUGCUGCUGCUGAGCCAGGAGCCGGGCGGGCAGCGCCCUGCCAGUGCCGGGCUGAGCGAGGAGCAGCGGCAGGCGGUGGAGGCCAUCGAGGUCGACUGCUACAACAGCCUGGCAGCCUGCCUGCUCCAGGCCGAGCUGGUCAACUACGAGCGCGUCAAGGAGUACUGCCUCAAGGUGCUUCAGAAAGAAGGAGAGAACUUCAAGGCACUCUACCGGUCGGGCGUCGCGUUUUACCACCUGGGUGACUACAACAAGGCACUCUACUACUUGAAAGAGGCAAGAUCCCGCCAGCCAACAGAUACCAAUGUCAUACGAUAUAUCCAGCUGACAGAGAUGAAGCUCAGCAGAUGUUCCCAGAGAGAGAAGGAAGCCUUGUGAAAAUGAAGCUGCUUCAGCUGAAGUGCCCAAAGGGGAACAUUCCUUCCUAGAAGCCCAUUUGGUGGAUUUUCCUGUUUGCUCUGCCUCAUCCCCAUCUCCUCAUCCAUCCACUCUCCCUUGCUCUUCAUCGAAUCCUGGUUUUGAAAAAAAAAAAGACUCAGACACUGGAUAUGGCUGUGGCAAUUACCAUUGCCAACCAUGGUAAUCCCCUUCCCCAUGGCAGGAGAGCACAAUGGCUACAGCCAGCCUUGUUCCAAGGCAGCGUCACACACCUGGAGCAGGCGACGCUGGGGGACCUCUCUGGUCCUGAGCUGCCUGCUUACUACCCGUAGGGAAGCAACCCCCAGACAACUACUUCCUGGCGAGGCAAGCUGGAAACAAGCAGUUUCUACUCCGGGUGAUCACUGGAGCUUAGAGGAGCCAAGAAACCAAGAGAGCCACUGGUCAUUUCACAGGGGAUAGCAAAUGCCUUUUCACCAUCAGCUCCCCCUGCCUGCUUCUCCAGCGUGUGCUACCAGUCUCCAGUGAGAGCUCACAUGCUCCCAGUCCAACGCCAGUGAAACUGUUUCUAAACAUCCUCUUAACGAAAGCACAGAGCACCCUACGAUACCCCCGAAGCUGUCCCAGUACCGGAGGAGAAGGCUGUGGGGUACCACAGAAGGCUGAACAGACUGUGAAAGCGUGGUGUACAGUAUGAGGGAAAAACUGUGAAAUAAUCCAUUAAAGGCAAAUAAAAAUUAUUAAUAGGCAACAAGUCCAGCCAUUGCUUUUAGAAGGGACCUCUGGGUUCCCCGUUUCCAGCCAGGCAACAUUGUCUAGUGGGGGCAGCAUAGGGUGGGGAACAGAGACGUCUCCAUUCAUGUAUCGGCUCUGCCAUGCCUUGCUGUGUGCUCUUGGGCAAGUCACUUAGCCUCUCUGUGCCUCGGUUUCCCCAUCUGUACACUGGGGAUAAUAAUACUUCCCUACCUCGCAGGGGUGUUGUGAGGAUUUACCAGUUAAUGUCUGUAAGUAACAGUACAGUGAUGUACAGUGCAAAGUAUUAUUAGUACAUUGGAUUGAGGUCUUGAUUCUCCCA